CCGCUUUCAGUCAUGUUUCCAUAGCAAUGGACAGGAGCAGGUGGGAGACGGUGAUCACACCUUUCCAGGCCCGUGCACGUGGAUACUUGGUGAGAAGCGAGCUACGCAGGGCACGAGAAGACUUUGAAGAGAUCGUGAAAGAGAUUGAUGGAGGUUUGACCCAUUUAAGGUGGACAGAGACGGUCAUCUCCGUUCCCCACUUCACAGACGCUGGCGGCUCGUGUCUACAACCCGGCAGCUCUGCUGGGAAGCCUUCAGACCCAGGACUAGAUGUCGGUGCCAGGCCUGAGCGCCCAGCAGCACCUUCAUCACAGGAGAGGGAUCGCCGUGUCCUGCCAGGAAAGACAGAAGCAGAGAGAGAUGACUUACCCGGCAGCCCUUUUGGAGGGGAUGGAGAGCGGCAGCAGGGACGGAGCUCAGCGGGGAAUAGAGAUGGAGGGGUGAUGGAGAGCACCGGGGAGUCCUCCACCAUAUGGAGCAGCGUGGAGCUGGACACGUGCUGCGGUCACUCUGACAACGGUCCUCAGCAGCACCGCUUGGCUCAGGAGGUGCCCCGAAGCCCACAGGCUCUGCGUCUCCAUAGAAACACCCUGACCAUGGAGCUGCUCUGGCUGCAGCAAGCCAUCGACAGCAGAAAGAAGUACUUGUCACUGAAGGACAGCCUGAGUGUUUCCUGAUGCCAUGAAUAAUAUGAACCGGACUUCAUAAUGUGGAUCAGAUGAUGUGUGAUUAAGAUACGAGUACAUACAAGUACACGGGACAUUACAUGCUUAAGAAGUAUUUAUGGUGUGUUUGGUAGAAUAUCUGAAGUUAAUAAACCUGUACACUGUGUGUGUUUUUGUGAACAAUAAAUCCAAUUUAUUUUUCUACGA